CCUUGGCGCUACAGCCUUGGGAUCCUAUUCGCUCUCCCUCCUCCUUCCUUGAUCUCUCCUCCCCUUCCCCAACCUAAGUUUCCACCCGCCGGCCUCUUCUCCUCUCCCGCACCCAACCAUCUCCCGCAAUUUACCGCGCCAAGGGAUGACCUCUACACCCGCGGCCGACGUCCUGCCGGCGCUGCCGCCGAUCAGGACGAGGGCGGCGGCGGCCGAUCCUGCGCCUGACCACGCAUCGGCCUCGACGACGACGCUGCCGGAAGGCGAGCCCCUGCCGGCGCCCGUGGCGGCGGAGGAAGAGGUGGUGGCGGAAUCCCGGACGCCGGCUGCGGUGGCGGACGAGGAGGGGGAGGAGGAGGAGCCCAGGACACCGACUUCGGAGGAGAGCAAGCUCCGGCCGCCGACCGAGUGCCCCGGCGCGCCGAGGAAGCCCGUGGCUUUGGCCGGGACGAGGCCAUCCCCGAAGCGGCCGCUGCGCUUCUUCGACGUCCCGCGCGACCUCUCCGCCGUCUUCAUGUCCCUGCCGCCCAAGAAGCGGAUCCGUGCUCCGCCAUGCCUGGUCGCCUUCCGCCCGAGGUGCGGGGCCGCGUGGGGCCAUGGAUCGGCGCUGUAGCCCCGGCCGGCCAUAAUUUAUGGGCUCCAUGGUGCAAUUGUUCAUUUAUCGGCGAAUUCUUGGAGUUCUUGCGCUGCGUUCCUCUUCUUUCUUUCUUUCUUUCUCUUUCUUGCGGUGGCUUCUUGGUUCCCACGGCCAUGAUAUAGUAUAAUCUCUAGUGCAAAUAAUUAACGCGUUAUUUUGCCUUUUUUCUCUCUGUCAUUCUGAUUUUUAGUGGGUUUGUGUGAAGGAGAAAUUGUACUAGAAUUGAAAAAGGUUGCGAUUUUAUAUAAUAUAGGGAUGAUGAUUGGGGAAAA